AUGCAAUGGAACUGCUGCCAGAAACAGACCACCUACGAGCGUCGUCACGAACAAGCUUUUAGAACUCGCUUGGAUUUUUCUCGAUCCGCUAUCAGGAUAAAGACUGCUGCCUCGAAAUCGAAGGAAGGGAGUGCCUCUCAGACCUCCAUUGACACUACUGAAAAAGCUAAUCCACCCGAAACAACUGCUACUGCUGCAACUACAACAACAACAAUAACGCCAACAACAAGUGCCCCAAUUCCAACGACCAACAAACUUCCUCCCACUACUCCUAAGAAGCGAAAACCAAGCACUACUGGGGAAGAUCCCACUGCUGGAGGAAACUCAAAUACUGCUUCGAAGAAGAAGCUAAAGAAAGCUACACCAAAAAGUACUGUUCCGACUAGCGUCUCUGGACUUGACUCCAGGGAUGCUGCUCCUUUACCAAAAUCCAAAAAUCCACCUUCGACCUCCAACCCACAGUUGGAACGCAUAGCUAGUAACCUCUCCUCUGAGGGCCCACAGAACAUCUUGAAUCCUACUUCUACCAUUUCGACCUCACCGUCCAAAGCUGCUGCUCCGCUUAACUCCUCUCCUCAAGGAGAUUCCAGCAAUUUGGUCCAAAACAAAGGUUCUUCCAAUGUGGCGGUUCUAGCUGGAACUUCUGAACAGCCAGAUGACCAAGAUUCUGGAACUUCAGCAGAAAGUUAA